GCGCACGCGCACUCGUGCAGUGACAGUUUACAUUUGCGCGUCACUGAUGCGUGCGCGCGACCCUUUCUUGUCUUCUUGCUUCGGAAGCUUUCCCGCCCUUUCGACGUCGCCGCUGCCGCGCACACUUUUAACGCUGUUGUUGCUUUCAAGUACCCGAAAAACAGACGUACAGACCGACUGCCAGAAACGGACGGACAGACGCCUCAUCGGACACGCGCGAGCCCCAGACCCGCCCAGCAGAGAUGGCGAAAGCGGACCAGCGCUACGGCCAGCGGGACGGCUCGGACCAGAACUUUGACUACAUGUUCAAGCUGCUGAUCAUCGGCAACAGCAGCGUGGGCAAAACCUCCUUCCUGUUCCGAUACGCCGACGACUCCUUCAGCAACUCCUUCGUCAGCACUGUGGGCAUCGACUUCAAAGUCAAGACCGUCUACCGCAACGACAAGCGCAUCAAGCUGCAGAUAUGGGACACGGCGGGCCAGGAGCGCUACCGCACCAUCACAACGGCAUACUACCGCGGGGCCAUGGGCUUCAUCCUCAUGUAUGACAUCACCAACGAGGAGUCCUUCAACGCUGUGCAGGACUGGGCCACUCAGAUCAAGACGUACUCGUGGGACAACGCACAGGUCAUCAUGGUGGGCAACAAGUGCGACCUGGACGAGGAGCGAGUGGUUGCGCCCGAGAAAGGAAAACACCUGGCGGACCAACUUGGGUUCGAGUACUACGAGGCCAGCGCCAAAGAGAAUGUCAACGUGCGGCAGGUUUUCGAGCGCCUGGUGGACAUCAUCUGUGUCAAGAUGUCAGAGCGCGUGGACGUGGAGGCGCCAGCAGCCUCCGGAACCAAGACCGCCAGACUCAGCGACAAACCGGCUGGCCAGCUUCCUCAGAAGUGUUGCUGAUAGGCCGGCCACAUUUACUCUUGAAAAGUUGGAAUUUGGAGGAUUUGGACAAGUUCAACAGGGUCUUGAAUCAAGUCAUUGAUUAUGGAAGUAUUUCUCCCUUGUUUAGAAAAGGUAUUAGUUGUUGAGAAAUUGUGGCCCCUCUAUUUGCCAUUUGGAUGACCUCGGCUGGAUUGCUGACGUUUUUUGUGACCAUCCGACAUUUUGGCGAGACGGCCGCUCACCUCCAUGAGCGCCACCUGCUGGGGGCGUUUCACUUGUGCACACGUCGCGAAUCCGUCUUUUAGUCGCCGUCGUUUCCUCCCCAUUCUGCGUGUGUGUUGCAUUUGAUAUUCAUGCUAUUUUGAGUGCUUUUGUUUUUGUGAUUGCUGUUUUGGAGCCAAAUGUGGCAUUUCCAGAUUGCGUCAUUUGUGCAAGGUCGACGACGACCUGCCAAAUGUUUGUAAAGCGAUGGCAGCCGACCGCCGUUUUGUGUGCACCUGAUCCUCCCCCCGCCCCCACCACGUGACGCCAUUCUUGACCUCAUUGAUGAUUUGCUAGUGACUUUGGAUAUGAUAGCUUUAGAAGUUAGGAAGUGUGACAUUUUUCAUGUUGACAGAUUAGACUUGAUGUGAACUCGCUGUCGUACACUUCACUGUUUGGAAAAGCACAAAGUAAUUGUACAAACUGUUGUCAAUCUUUGUAUUAUCAUAGAUGCAAUUUAGUAUAAUAAUAAUAGUAAUGAUUAAAAAACUGUCUGUCUGA